AAACAUGUUAAAAACAAAGUUAUAAAUUAUUUAAUUUGAAAGCUCUCUCUAUCACCUUGUCCGGCACUCUUCCAAAGAGCAUUGAUGAAAAUACAACAACACAAUUUUCCUCAGAAGGAAUACAUAGUGCUCAGUCACAACCCAUAUAUAAUCAAAGUAGAAUUUUGUCAGCCUUUCUCUUGGUAAUAGGUAUUCUAAAAUUGUCUGGUCUUGAUUAAAAAAUGGAUCCUUUCAUUUUCACAUAUUUUAGUUAUACUGCAUGCAUGACAUGAGACGUCUUCAAACACAAAUUAAACUUCUCCUUCCUUAACCUUUUUGUUGAAAUAGACUUUCCUCCUAGAGGCCUCAAGCGCAGUGCACUUUGAGUAUAAAUAGAGGUGAAGUGAAGCCAUUUUGAUUCACCUCUACUUCUACAAUAUCUACUUGCUUUCUCCCUCUAGCUAGGCUACAACCUCCUUUCUUAAGAAGAACAAGUUUUCAGAAUGGCAACCUUUCUACUACUAUUAACUUUGUUAGCAAUAUCGGUCGGCGCCGAAGAUGGACUAAACGUCAACAUAACCAUACUUGAAAGCGCCACAGCAGAAGGCGCUGUAUGCCUAGAUGGGAGCCCACCCGCUUAUUAUCUUGAUAAGGGAUUUGAUAGCGGACUUUCCAACUGGAUUAUCAUGCUUGAUGGCGGUGGGUGGUGUUGGAGCAUCACUGAGUGCCAAAAUCGUUCAAGUUCAAUAGUAGGUUCUUCCACGAAAAUGAAGAACCCAUCUAUGUUUGGUGGGAUACUUCAUAACAAUCCCCAAGAAAAUCCAGACUUUUACAACUGGAACAGGGUGCAGGUGGGUUACUGUGAUGGAUCAUCUUUUACGGGCGAUGUCCAAGAAGUUGAUCCAGAGAAGAAGCUUUUCUACAGAGGGGCGAGAAUAUUCAAAGCAGUUAUGGAAGAUUUGUGGAACAAAGGAAUGGAAAAUGCUAAAAAUGCAAUCCUGACUGGAUCUUCGGCCGGAGGGUUGGCUACAAUCUUGAACUGCGACAAGUUCAAGUCCUUCUUUCCCGAUGAUGUCAAAGUAAAGUGCGUUGCAAACGCAGGCUUCUUCAUCAAUGCGAAGACAAUCUUUGGUACUUCAUAUAUUCAAGAGAUGUAUCAGAAAGUUGUAACUUUACAUGGAUCGGCUAAGAAUUUGCCUCCAUCUUGCGCCUCUGCAAUGGAACCAAGUCUGUGCUUUUUUCCGCAGCAUGUUAUUCCAUAUGUUCAGACUCCACUUUUUAUUAUUAAUUCACACUAUGAUGCUUGGCAGAUUAAUAAUACUUUGGUUCCUGCAUACCUCAAUCCGCAACAUACCUGGGAUCAAUGCAAGGCUCUAAUAAGUAAUUGCACGUUUACCCAGCGUAUAAUUAUUCAAGUUUUUGGAGUGGAGUUCUUGAAGGCAUUUGAGGGACUCACCCCUUCUUAUACGAGGGGUUACUUCAUCACAUCUUGUCACGCUCAUUCUCAAAUUAUAUGGACCAGUUACUGGUACAGUGCUACCUCUCCAAGAGUACUUAAUAAGACAAUUGCGGAAGCUGUUGCAGAUUGGUACUUUGAUAGAGCAGUGUUCCAUCAAUACAUAGACCCAUAUCCAUGUGCUAGAGAUUGCUUGUGAAUUUUUUAAAGUAGUCUUGUGCUAAAUGCUCUGCUGAGCUGUGUAGAAGUACUGUUCCAGCAUUCAGUGAAUGAAACAUUAACUUUUAUUUAGAUUCCAA